UUCCGGCUAACGACAACAUCUCCGACUGUCAGUGCCGGCCUUCCUCGUGUAAGGGGAUCUGCCGGACCCUUCUUAAUCAAUUUCUUUCCCUUUCCGGGCCCUUCCCUAUCGUCGCCCCCUUCACCCUGGAUCAUGUUCAAGAAAUUUGAUGAAAAGGAAAAUGUAUCCAACUGCAUCCAGUUGAAAACCUCAGUUAUUAAGGGUAUUAAGAAUCAAUUGGUAGAGCAAUUUCCAGGUAUUGAACCAUGGCUUAAUCAAAUCAUGCCUAAGAAAGAUCCUGUCAAAAUAGUGCGCUGCCAUGAACAUAUAGAACUCCUUACAGUAAAUGGAGAGUUACUAUUUUUUAGGCAAAGAGAAGGCCCUUUUUAUCCAACCCUAAGAUUACUUCACAAAUAUCCUUUUAUCCUGCCACACCAGCAGGUUGAUAAAGGAGCCAUCAAAUUUGUACUCAGUGGAGCAAAUAUCAUGUGUCCAGGUUUAACUUCUCCUGGAGCUAAACUUUACCCUGCUGCAAUAGAUACGAUUGUUGCAAUAAUGGCAGAAGGAAAACAACAUGCUCUGUGUGUUGGAGUCAUGAAGAUGUCUGCAGAAGAUAUUGAGAAAGUCAACAAAGGAAUUGGCAUUGAAAAUAUCCAUUAUUUAAAUGAUGGGCUGUGGCAUAUGAAGACAUAUAAAUGAGCCUCAGAAGGAAUGCACUUGGGCUAAAUAUGGAUAUUGUGCUAUCUCUCUGUGUUUGUGUCUGUGUAUGACAGCAUGAAAACAAUGUCUCUGUGGUUAUGCUGAAUAAAUUCAACAGAUGCUAAAA